AUGAAGGAAGAGUUACCAAAGCAGUUUGAGGAGAAAUGGAAAUGGAUUGAAGAGAAGUUUAGGGCGAUAGAAAGUAUCGGCAGCUAUCGUGGAAUAGAUGCGAAAGAUCUGAGCUUAGUUCCGAAUUUGGUGCUUCCUUACAAAUUUAAGAUGCCGGAAUUCGAGAAAUAUAAUGGGACCAGCUGCCCAGAAGCUCAUAUUACUAUGUUCUGCUGGAGAAUGACGGGGUAUAUUAAUAAUGAUCAAUUAUUAAUACUCUGCUUUCAGGAUAGUCUUAUAGGUGCGGCAUUAAAAUGGUACAAUCAGCUAAGCCGGACCAAAAUUGCUACUUGGAGAGAUUUGGCACAGGCAUUCAUGAGACAAUAUAAUCAUGUCUCAGAAAUGAUGCCUGACAGGAUAACUCUGCAGAAUUUGGAGAAGAAAUCGAGCGAGAGCUUCAGACAAUACGCACAGAGGUGGAGAGAAGUGGCAGUGCAGAAUUUCUCAGAUAUAAUCAUGAGCGGCGAAAUGAUCGAGCAUGCUAUUAAAAGUGGAAGAAUAGACGGAGGGGAGAACAAUAAAAGGAUAGCCCCGAGGAAAAGAGAAAAUGAAGUGAAUAAUGUGAAUGCCUACAGUAAAUCAAUUACUGUGAGUCAACCAAGGAAAGCGGUCAUUAAUCAACAGGGCUCAUCGAAACAAGAGUCAGGAAUGAGGCAAAAUACUGAGAAACCCCAGUUCACUCCCAUUCCAAUGACAUAUAAUGAGCUGUACCAGAAUUUAUUUAAUGCACAUGUUGUCGCUCCUCGUUACUUGAGUCCUCUACAACCCCAUAUCCAAAAUGGACACUCGAUAGAAAAUUGUACUGCUUUCAAAAAAGUAGUGGAAGGACUCAUCAAAUUGGGCGUUGUCAAAUUUGGUGACUCACCUAACACAGAAAGUCCGUUGCCCAAUCAUGAGGAAGGGGCGAACGCGAUAAUUGAGAAUGGGGGAAGGAGAGUCAAAGCCAAUGUAGCAGAGAUAAGGACCCCCAUUGAAUGGGUUUGGAAACAAAUGGUGAAAGGAGGUUGCAUCAAGCAAGAUUUAAUAGAAAGGCCUAAAGGAGCAAGUAAGUUUUGUGAGUUCCACGCAGAAGAAGGCCACGACAUCCAAAAAUGUACCGAAUUCAGAACCAUGGUGCAAAACUUGAUGGAUAACAAAGAGUUGGAGUUCUAUGAAGAGAUUAAUGGACUAGAAGAAGGAGAAGUUUAUGCUGCAGAAGAAGGAUCCACGGGGAAAGCCCAAAAGGCUAAUCACCCAGUGGUAAUUAUUUCAAAACCAAUGAGCAGAGAAUCUGGAAUUCAAACAGCGCCAAAGGUCAUAAUCCAAAACCCUGUAUCCUUUCCUUAUGAGGAUAGCAAAAAGGUUCCUUGGAAUUACGACUGCAAUGUGACAAUUCCAGGAAAAGAGAGCUUGGUAAACGCUUCAGGAGAAGAUGAAGGAUUCUAUACACGAAGUGGAAAACGCUAUGAUCCGCCGGUAACUGAAAAUGAGGCUAGAGAAUUUCUAAAAUUCUUGAAACAUAGUGAGUACAGCGUGGUAGAACAAUUGCAUAAACAACCGGCUCGUAUCUCGGUGCUUGAGUUGCUUAUAAGUUCGGAGAUACAAUGUAAUGCGUUGAUUAAGGUGCUAAAUGAAACUUAUGUCGCUCACGAUAUCUCAGUGAAUAAGUUGGACCGCUUGGUUAACAAUAUCAGUGCCGACAAUUUCAUUUUCUUUAAUGAUGAUGAAAUACCGCCGAGGGGAAGAGGAGCCACCAAAGCAUUACAUAUCACUGCUCGUUGCGGGGAGUAUGCGUUAGCAGGAGUGCUAAUUGAUAAUGGGUCAGCCUUGAAUGUUUUACCCCUAUCCACCUUAAAUAGGUUACCGGUGGAUAGCUCUCACAUGAAAUCAUGCCAGAAUAUAGUGAGAGCAUUUGAUGGUACUAAAAGGAAGGUGAUGGGAAGAAUAGAAAUACCCCUCUUGAUUGGCCCAAAUACAUACGAGGUGGAUUUCUUAGUGAUAGAUAUCAAGCCUUCGUAUAACUGCUUGUUGGGAAGACCCUGGAUUCAUUCAGCAGGAGCGCUUGGGAAAGGAGCUAUGCUCGGAAGAGGACUAGGAAGAUGCCUUCAAGGAAGGAUAGAGGCACCAGUGCUGAAGGACAAGCAAGACCGUUUUGGUUUAGGAUUUAAACCAAAUGCUAAGCAAAGAAGAAAAGAGUUGGAGAAAAGACAAGAGAGGAGGAAGGCGCGUGUGAACGGAAAAGAAGUUGAUUGGGAAUCGAUGGCUUUCCCCCACAUAUCCAAGACCUUUGUAUCGGGAGGAACCAUGUAUUCUGGACUGAGGACUCCAAGAAGGGAGAUCACAGAGGAAAUGGUAGGAAACUUGAACAUCAAUGCCAUAUCUGAAGAAAAAUCUGAAGAAGGAAGUACAUCAGGCAUCUAUCCCGUUGAACCUGGGAGUGAAGAGAAACAAAUCAUACCUCACAAGGAGACAGUAGAGACAGUGACCCUAGAAGAGGGAAAGAUGGUGAAGAUUGGCACAUGCAUAGCUGAAGAAAUAAAACAAGACCUCAUUGAGUUGCUUCGAGAAUUCAAGGAUGUCUUCGCAUGGUCAUAUCAAGAUAUGCCGGGGUUAAGUACUGACAUUGUAGUUCAUCGACUUCCUAUAAAGGAAGAUUGCAAACCAGUUUAG